UUAAUAAAGUUUAUUACCUGAUAUAUAUAUUAAGAAAAACUAAUGCGGAGUAAUUUUUUUUUUGUGUUAGUGGUCUUGUCUCCUUCAACCCGUAAAAUCCUCUCGUCUAGUUUUUUUUUUCCACGGAGGAUUCAGUAAACACUAAGUUGCCUCAAUUAUCACCAACAAAAAAAACUUAAAAUAAAAGUAGUUCUAUUUAUAAAAAGUAAAAACAUAUAUAUAAGCAGUAAAAAUAAAAAUCUUGAAAAAGUUUUUUUGUUUUUUUUUUGGUAAAUAAAGUAUAGUGCUCUCCCUCUUCUUCGCAACCAAGAAUUUGUCUGAAACCUAAUCUGUCUCUCUCUCUUUCCAAUUCUUUUCUCAAUUAUUUCCAAAAUGAAAAUCAAUGCUAUCAAGGUUCGAAUUCUCUGAUCUCGUUCAAUUCUGUCUGUCUGGUUGGAACAACUUUUCAUUUGGUCUACAAGCAUCUGGUUUUGGCACAUUCAGAGAGUUACAGCAUCUGAAUUUCUAACCGGAAACCAUUCCUCCCGUAAUGACGACCGUGAAAGGCCUUCUUAAAGGCCUUCGCUACAUUACUCAGAUUUUCGACGAAGAUAAAGACAAGGAUAUGCAGAUUGGGUUUCCUACCGAUGUAAAGCAUGUCGCCCACAUCGGAUCCGACGGUCCGGCGGCCAAUAUGCCAAGCUGGAUGGGUGACUUCAGACCUCAAGACAAUGAGAAUGGUCAAGUAGUUUCUCGAGGAGAUGCCAACAACAAUCAAAUAGGAGAAGGAGUUGGAUUACAAGAGUUGUUGCCUCCUACCGAAAAACCGAAGCACAAGAAGACUAGGCGUAAAUCCGAGACGGUCUCACAAAACGGUUCUCCGCCUAGGCGAAACAGCAGUGCGUCAGCAUCAGAUAUGCAACCAAAACACCCAAGACGUCACCACAGGAGUAGGCACGGGUCGAUAGAUUCAUCGAAUGAUCCAUCAGUUAGGAGGAGGCGUGCUGUCUCGGUUACCACUGAUAUGGAAGGUUCUUACCCUCUUUCAGACAGUUCAACUCAUACUAGAAAGUCUACAUCACGUCAUAGGAAGCCAAAAGAAUCAGGAGGAGGAGAGCUAUCAAUGAAGAAGACGAAAGGGAAAACUGAGAAUCCUAUUGUUCAAUCAGUCGAUAAAUGUAAUGAUAAUAAUAUCAGUGACAAAGAGUAAAACACAUCAUGGUUUUGGUCA